UCUUCCAUGUGUGACUCCUAAAAACAGCAGAGGAAAUAAGAAAUCUGUGCUCUGUGAUAAAUUAUCGAGUAUUACUGUCCUUGCUGAACUUUUUGUUUUGCUUUACCAGGAUUAUUGCUAGAAGACAGAAGUCAAAAGUAGGCUUCUGUCAUAACUGAGGACAAGUGACUGUGGUUCAUUGCAUCACAUAUCACAGGUAGCAGUUAAUAUGCAUGGAAAGUAAGAGAGAGAAAGAACGAGAACUGCAUAUUUGGUUUUCUUACUAACAGUUUCGUUUAUAAUGAAGAGCCCAUCAUACGUCGCCUGUUAGUUUCAGAUUACAGUUUUCUUUUGGAUUAUCAUAUGGCACUCAGGGUUUUAAUGCUUUCACGUUAAAGAAACAGCAAAAGCAUGAAGGCUAUUGAAAUGGUGGUCUUCUGGUUUUGUGAAUUUGGUGUUCUGUUCUUGCAUGGAAUUUCUACAUCAUUGGCAACUGUGGUGGCAUCAUGUGGUAAGAGUGUUGAACUCCCAUGUCUUGCUGAGAAGACAGACUACAGGGCAGUGAGCUGGUACAAGAUGUCUGGUGAAAAGAAUCGAAUAUCGAUUUUAAGAAAGACUCAAAACAAAACUAAUUUCAGUGAGCAGUUUCUGAGGCUGGUGAACAUAAAUGAUAAAGAGUCCUUGAUUAUUCCUAGUGUUAAACCAGAAGAUUCUGGAAAAUACCUAUGUUUCUUAUGGGCGAAUGUAGGUUCUUUAAAUCAGGAAAUGGAUAUUAACCUAAAUGUAUCAGAGUGCUUGACAUCAAGUCCAACACUUCCCAUCACAUCAUCAGAGAAAGAAUUCACUCAGAGUAAAAUGAGUGAGGGUUCUUUAGUGCCCAUGAGUAAAGCUGCACAUCUGAUUAAGGAGCUACCUCUUGCUUUUCUCCUUCUUGGGAUGCUGUGUUUGAGUUUCAGCAAAAUUCUUCUUUCUGUAUUUGCCAUCUGGGUGUACGUCAUUCUUCCGAAAUUAGCCUGUAGAAGAUGACUCCAUUGGAAAAGCUGUUUUGAUAUUUGAAAAUCUUUCCUGGUGAAUAAAAGGAGUACCUUUUCAGGUACAGGGCCUAACUAUGAGAAUUUAUGUUGGUCAGUCGCAUGGGAGCAUACAAAUGGGGGCUGAGUCUCUUAACUAAUGGACCUGUAGUAAUAUCUCCGAAAUGUAAUUUCUGCUUAUUACAUUUGUAAUUUCACAGUAUAUUUACUGCCAAAAACACACACAAGAUUGUCAACAAGCCUUUCCUUUUUGGAACUUGUAAAUAUGGCUUCUAACUUGCUGAGCCAAGAGUUGGCUCACACUUUGGUUUAAACAAUUUGGAAUCACCCGAUGAACGUCUAUUACCUUGCAAACAAGAAAGGGAUAAGAGUUUAAAAGAAUGUUGUGCUCCGUCAGAUGUAAAACUGUACAGAUGAUGGGUAAAUGCAAUGAAGGACAUUUUUUUAAAUUAAUUUAUUUUGUGAAUUGAAAUGUGCUAGAUGCAACAUUUUAAAUGAAAAAUGUGUAUUUGCAAUGUUUUUAUUUUAUCAUGAGAUAUAUUUUGUUACAUUUCUUUCUUUUUUUUUUUUUUACUAAAGUGUGUAGUUGGCAAAAUGUUUUAUAAAAAAAUGUACGCCAUCUAAACAUGCACUGUUUUAGGGUAUCCACUUGAGAAAGUGGAAAUGCAUUCUGGAAAUGAUAAUUCCAACAAUCCUGCUAAAUGUACAUAACCUACUUUGUGAUAAUACUGGAUUGAUAUAUCAUAUUUUUGUAAUACAAGAUAACAUUAAAAAGUAAAUUCGCAGUUUUUGGUUGAACAAUCACAUAAUUUACUUUAUCAGUACAGGAAAACAACCACUUCCAUGUGGUAAAUUUGAAAUAUUUAAAAAUGUUGUAGUCAUUUUAAGGCUUUUUUUGACUUUUUCAUUUAUACUUUGUUAUACAACUGUAUUGGUAUUUAACCUUACUGUCUGUCACCUAUACCACACUGCAAUCUCCCAUUCAUCUAGUGCAGAGAUAAUAGUAAUACGAACAUUUAGGAAAACAGUUUAUUUCACAUAAUCUCACAUUUGAAUGGUUUGAAGUUAUUGUUUUAUGGCACUAUU